AUGUCUCUCACAAAGACUGCAGCUCUUUUCCUAGCUUCCGCCGCGCUGGUCGCAGGCCACGGCUACGUUAGCAGCAUCGUCGUUGACGGCACUACAUAUGGUGGUUACCUCGUUGACACUUACUACUACGAGUCCGACCCCCCAGAGCUGAUUGCCUGGUCCACCAACGCCACCGACGAUGGCUACGUCGCUCCCACCGCAUACGAUACCUCGAACAUUGUUUGCCACAAGGGUUCCGCUCCCGGUGCGCUCUCCGCUCCUAUCGCCCCUGGCGGCUCCGUGACCUUGACCUGGAACACUUGGCCUGAUGACCACCACGGCCCUGUGAUUACUUACCUCGCCAACUGCAAUGGCUCCUGCACAGACGUCGACAAGGUUGACCUCGCAUUUUUCAAGAUCGACGCCGGCGGUCUGAUUAACGAUACCGUCAUUCCUGGCACUUGGGCCACCGAUGAGCUUAUCGCCGAUAGCUACAGCCGUACCCUUACCAUUCCCACAGAUAUUGCGGCUGGAGAAUAUGUUCUGCGCCAUGAGAUCAUCGCUCUUCACGGUGCCGAGGAUCUGGAUGGUGCCCAAAACUACCCCCAGUGCAUCAACCUCAACGUCACGGGCAGUGGUACCGCCACACCCAGUGGCAUCCUUGGCGAAGAUCUGUACAAGGACACCGAUCCCGGUAUCUACGUGGAUAUCUGGGCUACCCUCACCACCUAUGAUAUCCCUGGCCCUACUCUCUACACUGCUGGUAGUGCCGCUACUGCUACUGCUGCAGCCACUUCUUCUGCAACCACAUCCAUCGAAGCGGCCGCUGCUGAAACUGCUUCUGCCAGUUCCAGUGUCAGCACCAGCGCCGCCGUAGAGGCUGAGACAACCCAGGCCACUUCCUCGGUUUCUGAAGCUACGACCUCGGUCGCCCAGGCUGCCUCCACUGGUGAUCCUUCUGGAAAUGGCAAUGGCAACGGCAACAGUGGUGUGGGUGGAUCCAACAACGGCCCAUCUGGUGAAGGUAAAAGCUCACCUUCCGAGAAAUCCUCGCCCUCGGUUACCGUUGCUUCUGGUUCCGCUUCCACCUCUACCACCUCAAGCUCCGCCAGCGAAACCUCUGGUGUUCUUAGUGGCUCUUGCACCGAGGAAGGCUACUGGUACUGUGAUGCUGGCACCGCGUUCCAGCGCUGCGUUGACGGAGAGUGGGAUGCCUCUCAGAGCGUCGCCUCUGGAACUGAGUGCACGGCCGGAAUCUCGGAUACUUUGACUAUUACCGCUUCUUCCCGGAAGCGGAGCAUGGAGCAUGUUCGUCGUAUCCACGCCCGUGCUCAGCAUGUUUAG